AUAAACCCAUUUGUUGGUUCAUCUCUAAGCCUAUAGCUCUUAUAGCAAAUAUAACGUUGAAGCUAAUACAAAUAUCCCCUUGCAAUUUGCUCCAUAUAUUCCCACUUGAAUGAGAGAAAAUAAUUGCUUAAACAUGCAUAAUAUGAAGAAGAUUGUUCUACUUUUGUUCUUGGUUUCAGCUUUGCUUUUCUCAAUUUCGAUGGCAGGUCGCUAUUCUAAGUUCGAGAAUAGGUUGACCGAGGAAGAAGUUGAUGCAGCUCUUGAGGAGAGUGGGGAAGGGGAAGGAAUCCAUGAAAGAGUGCUUCGAGUAAACACUAAAGACUAUGGAAAAUAUGAUCCAUCACCAGCUCUUGUCAAGCCUCCCUUCAAGCUCAUACCUAAUUAAUUGCCUCAUAUAGCAAUUUGGGUAAGGAGCUUUGCCCUCAGCUGUGUCACCCUACUUGAAGAAAAUGAAGCAAUAUAUAUUAUUACAUUAUAAUUAAUAUAAUAAUUAGUAAUAAACCUAGCUUAUAUAUAUAGAUAUAAAUACAUUGUAUUAUAUGUCAUAUAUAUUGUAAUACUAAGUUUAAGAAGCUUUAUGCUUUGUUUCAAAGUACAGUGAGAGAGACAGAGCCAUGGACUGAAUCUUACCAUGUAUUAUGUGCGAUAUAUAAAAUAUUCU